GGCCUCAGCUGUUUCACCUGUUGACCUGCUAGAGCUCUACACCGCUUGCCACGUGCGGCCUCUGCUAGAUCUGAUCCGAAUUUCUUCCAAAGACUUCACUACCAACGUGGGGUGAAUGAAGGACAGUCCAGAGAACAUUUCCCCACCGGCUUCUUUGGCCCGAAUGUGAGGUCGUUGAGCGCCCUUCAGCCGUGGCGUUGAGCCUGCCAACACUGAGGCAGGCGGGGUCACCCAAUACUUCUGGAGUGGGGAAGAGAAAAGCACAAUUAAUACUGUCCCUGCCACAGGAGCUCCCGCUUUUGCCAGGGAAACUAGCCUGGAGUGGGAGCCCCUUUUAUUUGUUGGCCUUUUAUUACACCUAGCGGGGAAAAUGGCUUGCCAAAUUUGGAGGGUGUGUUAAAGAUGAUCUGUCUCAAUCAUCCUAAAAAACAUAAAAGUUCGGCCGGGGGCGGUGGCUCACGCCGGUAAGGCAGAUAGCUGGCUACAGACACAAUCACAGCCCCCUUGGACGGGAACCUGUGAGCUGACGGCAAUGAAGCUUCCUAAGCUGAUCCAAUGCAACCGACCGCUACUGCCGGAACCGGAAAGUCAUCUAGGGCGGGUGUUGGAAUCGGAGCGGAAGCGGAAGGCGGAUACCGGAAACGGUGUUUGGGGGCGUCCGCAAUGGCCGAAGCUGCAUCUGUAGCUGCUGAAUGUCUUGCUGGCUGCAGGGCGCGCGGUGCGCGCUCAGUACUAGGUCAGGUGGUGCUCCCGGGUGAGGAGCUGCUCCUGCCGGAACAGGAGGACGCGGAAGGCCCUGGCGGUGCAGGGGAGCGACCGUUGAGCCUGAAUGCUGGAGCGCGCUCGCGGGUACGCGUUAUUUGCGGCCCGGGCUUGCGGCGCUGUGGGGACCGCCUGCUGGUCACCAAGUGCGGCCGCCUCCGUCACAAGGAGCCCGGCGGUGGCGGCGGCGGCGUUUACUGGGUGGACUCUCAGCAGAAGCGGUAUGUUCCAGUGAAAGGAGACCAUGUGAUUGGCAUAGUGACAGCAAAAUCUGGAGAUAUAUUCAAAGUUGAUGUUGGAGGGAGUGAGCCAGCUUCUUUGUCUUACUUGUCAUUUGAAGGUGCAACUAAAAGAAACAGACCAAAUGUGCAGGCUAUUAGCUCCAGAUUGUGAAAUCAUACAGGAAGUGGGAAAACUCUAUCCACUGGAGAUAGUAUUUGGAAUGAAUGGAAGAAUAUGGGUUAAGGCAAAAACCAUCCAACAAACUUUAAUUUUGGCAAACAUUUUAGAAGCUUGUGAACACAUGACAUCAGAUCAAAGAAAACAAAUCUUCUCCAGAUUGGCAGAAAGUUGAUACAGGUAGGCUUUUUUAAUAGGUCAGUUGAGGCAAAAAAAACUAUGGGUUUCCUGGGGAAAACUUUUUUUAGGUGAACCUCUCUCCAUUUAAAUACUCACAAGAUAAGGCGUGAAUGUACAUAUUAUCUUAUUAGAGUCCUAAAGUAUUUUUAAAAGUUACUGGUUUUCACCCACACUUUCAUGGGAGAGAAAAUCAUUGCAAAAUCAGGAUAUAUUUAUUUUGUUCUGUACAAUAAAGUUCACUAAAACAUUAGUAUUAUGAUUUAUUCAGAGUUAACUCCCUUAGUAUUGCUAGAAUACAGCUUCCAUAAUUAACUGGAAGUCAGCAGUAAAAUAAUUUUCUGAUUAUAAUAGUAAGCCACAUUCAUCAGAGAAAAUUGAAACUGAGGCACAGAAUUUAACUUGGCCUACAUUCUCUACUCUGUAUGUUUAUCAAAUUGAAAUUAUGGUUUUAUAGCUUAUAUGCCACUUUGUAAUAUACUUUUGUCUACUUCAAAUAGCAUGAUACGUUCCACAACUUCCAUGAAAAAUUCAUUAGUCACAUAUUUCAUGUUAUAGGAUAUUUUUGAUAUAGUUUAUUAUAUAAGUAACAUUGUGAGGAUUUCUGAAUCCAUAUCUGGCCAAGUCUUAUUUUACUAAAAUCAUUUCCUAGGAGCUAAGCAAAAAACUACCUGUUCCAGUUUGGAUAAAUGGUUAAGGUUUGUAACAGAGUUAUAAAGAAAACUCUUCUAUGCUAUUUAGUAUAUUAACCAAAACCUUUAGGGGUAAAAAAAAAAAAAAAAAAAAAA